CUCACUUAUUAAUAAUUCUUUAUAUUUUACUUUUAAAAUAUUGUACUUUUGUUACAUUUCACGUUCAGUCUAUUUAAUUGUGUACCUUAUUUAAACGUUUCAAAGAAACAUGAGUAUUAUUCCAUUACAAAAUUUUGGAUUGUUCUAUCAGCCACUGGAUGAUAAUAAUAUUUAUCAUAUUAAUUGUAAAAUGUUUUUACAACCUCAAAAUCCGGAAAUUAUUUUUUUAUCGGAAGAUGAUUAUGAUUAUGAAUUCUUUUACCAGAAUUCAAAUGCGAAUUAUCACGUUACAUGCAAAUUAUUGUCACAUCCUUUGAUCAUAAAUAUAUUAAACAAGGAAAUUUAUGGAAUAGAUUUUGAUGUAAAUGAAUUGAAACGCAAAUAUACCUUGACUUUGGAUCAAAAAUUAAAUCUCGAAUUAAAUUUGAAGAAUUUCCUUCCUUUCGUUCAAGAGCAAAUUUUAAAAAGCACCUCCCGCGUUGCAGAAGCUCCUACAAAUUUUCAAGGAAAUAUAAAUUUUAAUACUUCAAUCUCAACCCAAGCGACAGUAAUUCAGCCUGUACAAAACUAUAAAUCAUCUAAUGAACUUGGAUUAUUUUAUCAACCACCAAAUGAUGAUAUCAUUUAUCAUGUGAAUUGCAAACCGAUUGUACCUGACAUUCAAGUUUACGAUGAUGUUUACGAUUACGAGUUCUUUCACCUUGCAAGGUAUCAUGUUACAUGUAAAUCAUUGAUUCAUUCUUCGAUUAUUAACAUAUUAAAUAAGGAAAUUUAUGGAAGAGAUUAUGAUGCAAAUGACUUAAAACGUGAACGUAGUAUUACUCUAUAUCAAAAAUUUAAUCUAGAACUAAAUUUGAAAGAUUUUCUUUCUUCUAUACAUUUCUGA